AUGUUCCUCGCCUCACUCCCCCCCAACACCCCCAUCACCGUCACCAUCACCGGCACCCAACCCCACACCCCUCCUACCCUCACCACCGAACUAUCCUCUCUCUUCGCCUCCGCCGCCUCCGACUCUCUCUGCGCCCAUACCGAAACUCUCCACCAGCACCACACCUCCCCUACAAGCAUCAUCCAUCUAACCUACUGGUCCACAACAAACUACGAGACCUGGCUCAAAUCCCCCAAAGUCUCCGCCUUUUUCGCCUCCCUUCCCAGCAAUCAAGAAGAUGAAGCACCAGGAAUCUACCAUGAAACCCUAACCAUCCAGCCAUCUCGCAUCCAAGGGGCCACGAACCACCCCGUGCCCUCGGGAUGCCAAGACCACUCCGCCGCGUCGGAGGAAGAACGCACUUACUGGAGCGAACGCUUCGAUUCCUUGUCCCAGGAAUGGGUGGGCCAGGUGCUGGGUGCGGGAUUACCCGGGGGAGUGGUUUCUUCGAGGGGGUGUUAUAGUUCUUCUGUGCCUUCUACUAUCUCUACUUCUGAGGGGGUGAAGAGGUAUCCGUUGACGCUUGGGAGGGAUGUUCAGCUUCUUUACUUUGUGGAUUUGCAGCAUAUGGAGACGUUGGGGAGGAAGAGUGCCGAGCAUGUGAAGCUUAGGAAGGCGUUUAUGGAGGCGUAUGGGCCUGGGGGUGUGUUGUUUGGAGGGGGGUUGAAGUUGUGGGUUGAGACGGCGGUGUUGAGGGACGGGGAUUUCAAGGGCGAGUAUUGGGGCUGUGAGAAGGGGACGGGGUUGUUGGGGGUAAGGGGAGUGAUGGGGGUUGAGUGA